AUGUCGGUCCUCCUUGGCAAUAUCAAUUUUUGCACGUUGGGAAUGUUCAUUAUCGACGAGAUCGAAUUUGAAGCUCCUAAACCACCAGUGAAAAACAUUAUUGGAGGCGCUGGUUCUUAUGCAGCUGUUGGGGCGCGAAUGGUAGCAGGCAAGGAGCAUUCCCGGGUCGUUAGCUGGAUCGUCGACACCGGCUCCGACUUUCCUGACGAAAUACGCCGCAUCAUCAUAUCUUGGGAUUCUGCCUGUGUACUGAGGGAGUCUGCUGAAAGGCUAACUACCAGGGCAUGGAACGGUUACGGCCCGAAUGAGAAAAGGGAUUUCCGAUAUCUCACUCCCAAACUUCCCCUGGAUCAUAACUCCCUCUCGGAAUCUCAGGUAUUCUCGAAGUCGUUCCACAUGGUAUGCUCUCCUGCGCGCUGCUGUCAGAUUGUCGAAGGAAUCCUCCAGAGAAGGGACAUACUCCUAAAAAGCAAGAAUAUCGACCCUUCAACUGUGGGACAACGUCCAGUUUUUGUGUGGGAACCAGUGCCUGAUUUAUGCCGCGAAGAAGAGCUUCCAAUGUUCUACAAGGCUUUGAAACACGUAGACGUGAUUAGCCCAAAUGACCUCGAAUUGGCAAAUAUGUUUGGUAAUACAACAUGGAAUGAAGAAAAUAUCAGUGAUCGAGCUAUAGCUUCCACCAUCAUCGAAUCCGGAAUUGGACAAGACGGGAAUGGACUGCUCGUGGUGAGAGCUGGAAAGGGCGGUUCCUAUGCGUUUGCCAAAAAUCUCUCGUUGCAUAUUCCGGCGCAUAAUGGAGUGAAGGUGGUAGAUCCAACAGGCGCAGGAAACGCCUUUCUUGGAGCCCUGGCUCAAGGACUCGUCGUCAGCAUUGACCGACCGCCCAUCAGAGUCGUCACCUCCACGCUAGAGAAAUCCGAAAAGUGGACCAGAAUCUCUGAUUCCUGGGGAGGACAUGGGCGGAUUCCAGCUGCCCUGAUUUGUGCCACUGUGGCGGCUAGUUUUGUAAUUGAACAAGUAGGGGUGCCUCAAAUAUCCUGUACCGACCUGGGGGAGGAGCUAUGGAAUGGUGAAAGCUAUACGGAGCGGGUUCGCCUGUACACGCUGCAGUUUGCGAGAAACCUUGUCAAAGCCUCAGAAAUGCAAAAGUGA